AUGUCGUUUUUCAGAGACUUGAUCGAGCAGGCCUUCCCUGUGGCCUAUGCUGCCGAGCCCGAGGAAGAGGUGCCUGUUGACGCCGAGGAGGAGUCCCAGGAGGAGUCCCAGGAAGAGACCCAAGAAGAAGACGCCGGCGAGGCUGCCGAGGAUGCCGCUGAGGAGGCUCCAGAGUCUGACGAUGCCGAGGAAGAGGAGGAUGAAGAUGAGGACGAAGAUGAGGACGACGAGGAUGACGAGGAGGAGGUGACCGACCCCUUCGACGAUCUCCGUGAAGAGUGUGCUAAGACCGCCUCGUGUGUGCCAUACGUGCACCACUUUGACCACUGUGUGGAGAGAGUGCAGAAGGAGCAAGAGGAGGAGGACUACGCCCACAAACACUACAAGGAGGACUGUGUUGAGGAGUUUUUCCACUUGCAGCAUUGCAUCAACGACUGCGCUGCUCCUAGGUUGUUCUACAAGUUGAAGUAG